CGCUGGAUACUCAGGAUGAUAUCGUCGGCUGCAAUUGCAUCUGCGUCAGUCCAUCAGUAAUACACCGACGUUGUGUCGACACGUUGCUGUGGUUUGCCGACUUUUGGGGGGAACCUUUCGUCGGCUCCGGCCCGUGAUGAAGCCUAAACCAACGUUCCGUCAACAACGCUGUCCAACAACCCUCGAACUAAGUUCGCUAUGGCCCCAAAAGCAAGCCCUCCGGCGGCAAAGCAGGCCCUCAUCCUCGCCUGGUUCCAAAGAUCUGGCGUCGCCCACAGCAUCAAAGACCUUGAGAAGGCCCUCCCCUCAGUCGCGUCCAUCAAUGGUAUGCAAGUCAAAGACUACCUCCAAGCCCUCUCAGACGACUCCAAGAUUCGCGUGGAGAAGAUCGGCAGCGGGAAUUGGUACUGGAGCUUCCCGAGCGAGGAAAAGAAAACAAAGGAGAGCGUCCUCGCCAAAGCUCAGGAGGAGCGUGACAAGGCUGUUGCCAUGGUCUCGGAGCUUCAGCUGAAAGUUGAUGAGGCUGGUGCAGCCCGGGCCGAGGACGACGACAUGCUUUUAGGCCCAGGACAGGAUAGGAAGUCUCUCACGUCUAGGCAUGCGGACCUGCUGAGGGAACUUGACGGGCUACGACAAGAGCUGGCUGGCUACAGUGACAGCGACCCGGCAGAGGUCGACAAAAAGAGACAAGAAACGGAACAGUACAAGCAGGAGGUAGAGAAGUGGACAGAUCAAAUUCAAAGCAUGGAAGGCUGGUUCAAGGAGCAGACUGGUGGCGAUAAGGACGCAAUGGGCGUCCUCACGAGGGGUUGGUACGGAGACGAGUUCGACGAAGAGGAUCAGUGCUUGCGGGAGCUCUAGCACUCUACCAUAUGCUUAGAUACCAACGAGGGGCAGCUGCAUGGGAUAUGGUGAGACUUAGAAGGUUCAUGGAGCAUGAGCAUCAGAAAUGCAUAUCACAUGCCAACGUAGCUAAACUAGAUCAGCCAGAACUA